CUCUCCUCUGCCCCCCAACACUCAAUGGCCCCUCCUCCUCUUCUUCCUCCUCCUCCUCCUCCUUUCCCACGUUUCUGAAAACCAUAACCCGAAUACCCGACCCGAACCCUCCAUGAAGAUCCUUCUUGUUCUGGGUUUUUUCGUGUUUUCUUGUUCCGUCCUCGCUUUCGCCAUUGAAGAUGACAUUACCUGUCUUCAGGGCCUCAAGAACUCCCUCUCAGACCCCCAGCGCCAUCUUUCCUCUUGGAACUUCGAGAAAGGGUCCGAAAGCCAAAUCUGUAACCUCACUGGUGUGUCCUGCUGGAAUGCGAAGGAGAAUCGCAUCAUCAGCCUCCAGCUCACCUCCAUGCAGCUCACCGGUGAGCUUCCUGACUCGCUUAAGUACUGCCGGAGUCUACAGUCCCUGGAUCUCUCUGGAAACUCGCUCUCCGGUGCCAUCCCCUCCGAUAUCUGCUCCUGGCUGCCGUAUCUCGUCACGCUCGAUCUCUCCAGUAACCGUUUCUCCGGCUCCAUUCCGCAGCAGAUCGUUGAUUGCAAGUUCAUUAACAAACUCAUUCUGAAUGAUAACAAACUGACCGGUACGAUCCCCUACGAGGUAGCCAGGCUGGACAGGUUGAAAGAGUUCUCCGUCGCGGAUAACGGGUUGUCAGGCUCGAUCCCAUCUGAUCUGUCGAGAUUUGCGGAGGAUAGUUUUGAGGGUAACGGUGACCUUUGUGGGAAACCCUUAUCAAAAUGUGGGAGCUUGAGUGGUAAGAGUCUUGGGAUCAUUAUCGUCGCCGGAGCUAUUGGGGCUGCCGUGUCUUUGCUCGUCGGUUUCGCCAUUUGGUGGUGGUGCUUCUUCAGGGCCGCUAGUAGAAAGAAGAAAGGUUAUGGCUUUGGUGGUAAGGGUGAUAGCAGUUGGAUUGAUUUGUUGAAGUCCCAUAAGCUUGUUCAAGUCUCAUUGUUUCAGAAGCCAAUCAACAAGAUCAAAUUGGCCGAUUUGCUGGCGGCAACAAACAAUUUUGAUUCCGGCAAUGCUCUGAUUUCAACCAGGACUGGGGUCUCGUACAAGGCCAUGUUACCGGACGGAUCAGCGUUGGCUAUUAAGAGGUUGAGCGACGGUAAGCUUACUGAAAAGCAGUUUAGGUCAGAGGUGAAUAGGUUAGGACAGCUUAGGCAUCCAAAUUUGGUUCCUUUAUUGGGGUUUUGUGUUGUGGAGGAAGAGAGGCUUUUGGUGUAUAAGCAGAUGCCUAAUGGAACACUUUACUCUCAGUUGCGGAGGAGUGGGAUUGGUAAUGGUAAGUUUGAGGGUUUGGAUUGGCUAACUAGGCUCAAGAUUGGUGUUGGUGCAGCUAGAGGGCUGGCUUGGCUUCACCAUGGAUGUCAGCCACCAUAUAUGCACCAGUAUAUUAGCUCAAAUGUUAUACUUCUUGAUGAAGAUUUUGAUGCUCGGAUAACUGAUUUUGGGUUGGCAAGGUUAAUGGGAUCCCGUGAUUCCAAUGAUAGUUCAUUUGUCAAUGGUGAUUUAGGAGAGUUUGGUUAUGUUGCUCCCGAGUACUCAAGCACCAUGGUUGCAUCAUUGAAAGGGGAUGUUUAUGGUUUUGGGGUUGUGCUUCUAGAGUUGGUUACAGGGCAAAAACCGAUUGAAGUCAGUAAUGCAGACGGAGGAUUCAAAGGGAAUUUGGUGGAUUGGGUCAGUCAGUUGUUUAGCACUGGUCGAAGCAAGGAUGCUAUUGAUAAAGCUCUAUGUUGGAAAGGUCAUGAUGAUGAAAUUAUGCAGUUUAUGAGAGUUGCCUGCACUUGUGUGGUUUCCAGACCCAAGGAUAGACCUUCCAUGUACCAGGUCUACGAGUCGCUGAAGAGCAUGGCUGAGAAACAUGGUUUCUCUGAACGUUAUGAUGAAUUCCCAUUGAUCUUCAGCAAACAAGAUCCUGAUCCCAAGGAGUAGUGUUGGACGUGAUGCGAUAACAAUGCAAGCACGCGUAAAUUCAUUAUUGUCUUUGAGAAUAUCUGCUGUAAGACAUCCCUGUAUGCCAUGUUCUAUAAGGCAUGUUCAACAAUUCCCACUUGAUAAGAAUUCCACAUUCUCAUGCUCAAUUGUUGUCGGAAAAUUCUGUAAAUUACAUGGGGCAUUAUGCACUGUACUCUCUGGUUCUAAUUCAGUUAAAAAUUUCCUUAUUUUCUCAAAAUCGAAAACGCUGUAGUUGUUUGUAAUGCUGCUACUUAAAAUGCUUUAUUUAUGAUUCUUCUUUUCUAAUUACGGCGAAUACACCAUGAGCCUUUUA